AUGGUUGGAGUAUGCAGAACUUCCUCAGGUGAAUGCUUUAGUUUUACUUUGUCUAGUCUUUUGAGCCAAGUUGCUCUGUCAGAUACAAGUCGUUCCGAAACCAUUAUUUCCAGCAUUUUAGAUUGUGCUAGUAACCUCAUUGAUCAAAUAAAUGAGCUGUUACAGCAACCUAUUGAUCGCUUUGCUGCCGUUUCGGCUUUCCUUCGGCAACCAAAGAACCAAAAUACUGGUCCUGAUGCUGUGAAAUAUCAAAAUCAACAGCUUGCAGCAGAGCGACUAUGUACAUUCCUUGCUCCCUCAUUAAUUGGUCUCUUGAGAGGUGCUGCUCGGGGUGUCGCUCAUGUUAAUUCCCUCAGCUGUUAUAAGCCAAAUUUCCCCUAUUUUGUGGUUUCCCGGUUAUACCAGCCUUUCCAAACUUCUAAACAGACAGAUAGUGGUGGAUGGCAAGCUUCAAUGAAUUCAUGUUCCCAUAAACUGACAGAAGAAAACUACGAAUUCACUCUAAGUGUUUAUCCAUCCUUCUGUUGCAUAAUACCUCAUUCUCUGUGUCAUUCAUUACUUAUGACUACAAGUGAUACAGAUGUAGAACAUUCUGAUCUAUCAAAUGAUCAUGACUCGGUUAGUAGUUCAUGGUUCCAUCCUAGUGGAAGUGAAUAUUUACUCAGUCAAGUUGCAUCUGUGUAUGGCUCGCAUCUUCCCCAUCGUGCUGUGAUGAGUGAGGAUCAUCUUGGUAGCGGUGGCGUAUCACCAUUUUCUAGAUGUCUCACGUCUUAUAAUCCCUCUAGUAAUUUGACCAUCACAACGUUCACAUCUAGUCACCUGAGAUCUCUUGUGAAAAUGGCUUAUCAGUUAAUGAAUGAACGAUUCGCUAAGCGCUUGGAUGCAUUAGCAACUAACUUUUGGCCUUGUCGACCUAAAACUGGUCGUUAUCCUUACCGAUCAUUUGCUCAUUGCAUUAGGUUAUGUUGUCUGCUGCUCAUACGAGAUAUAUUUCGCAAUCCUAAGCAAGAAAUCAACGAUAAACUUUCAUCCAGUAUACAAAAUUUGAUGCUUGAAGUCUAUGCAAUAUGCCUAACUGAAGUGGCGCAUUUAUCAGCUGAAGCUGCCGUUCAAAAUGUCCGACCACAUUUUUCCAAUCCUGAGGAUGAUGAUGAUGAUGAUGGUACUAACGAAAACCAAGAACAACAAUUGUCAGGGUAUACAGACUGUUCACAAUCAGGCAAAGAAAAUGGUUUGCAUAAUAAAGUAAACCUGUCGAACAAACUGCAUAAUGGAUAUUCAAAUGACAAUGCGUCACCUGAUGAAUUUCACAGCUGUGAUGAUAAUGGGAACAAUUUGGCUGUUAUUUCAUCCAAAUCUGGUCAAAUUGUAUCGUCUUCAACUCCACCGACAAAUGAACUCAAGGUUAACUGUACCAAAGAAAUGCUGACUACAUCACGUUUACGUAUAUCCGGUGUUGAUGGAAUUGUUGCUGCUACUAGUAGUAAUGUUGCACUACCCACUACAUCAACUCUAAAACCCACAGAAAGCCUAUCACAAAGCGUCAGUGCUAACAAUACUAAUGUGGCAAUGGUAUCAAAUGAUCGAGUUGAGAGUUCAGCGAAUGCUUUAUUUGCUUUUGAUCUAGUCACGGCUACAACAGCUGCUUGUAUACAAAUUCUAACAAAAUCAAUUAAAGAUAUGGGAGAUUCUGAAAGUUUAUUGAUUCGUCUGCUGGAUCGUAUUGCCAAGGGGAUUGAUUUGAAAUUUGUUAUCCACUCAGAUCGUGUAUUGGAACCGACAACAAAUAGUUCAUCAAAAAGUUUCACUAUGCCAUCUGUAUUUGGUGUACAGAAUCUACGCGGGCAUUUUACCAUACCACAACGUCGUGUAUCUACACAAGCCGGUGUAAAUCUAUCCAAGCCAAUUAUGAAUAAUUAUUCCUCAUCUUUUCCUGAUUCCUCAUCAACUACCGUUACAGCUACAAUGACUAACAGUCGUAAACCACGCCAUAGACCUCAUCUUACACAUUUAGUCUGUAGUGCUGGUUUAUUAGUUGUUGUAUUGGAUAGUGUUGGCCAGUUAACUCAACGUUUUCCACAUUUAGGUAAAGCUAGCUUGGAUGCUUUAAUCGACUUCUUGUUGAAUCCAAGCCCAGUGAUGAGUAGGCUAAAUCGACAGAUUGAUAGACUGAAACAUUCUAAAGCUGGAAUAUUAAUAAUCAUUGAAACAAUGAGGAAAACAAAUUCAUCUGCUUCACUUCCCGUAUAUGAAGCACAGCUAACUGAAUUAUACAAAAUUGAACGUCAUUUAACCUAUUACAAUCGUAUACUGGAGCAUAUACGAGGUGCAGCUAUUGAAAGCCUCUGUCGUAUUUUGCUUCUCAAUCCGAGCUUCAUUGAAACAUUCCUAGCUGAUCUGUCGUGUAGAAUUUUCAAUGCAGCUGAAAGUGAUAGCCGACAAACCAGAGAUAUCAACUUAAUGUAUUUGAAUGCUGUUUAUUGCCUUGGUCAUAUGGGUGUGGCUUUAGCUGAGGUGCCUCAAACUCAAGAAUUGAUCUUACAAUUCUUACAACAGAAUUUAAAUCCAGCAAAACUUUUACCAGAAUUAGAGAUUAAAUCAAUGGAACAAUUGGGUUGUAUGGUGAUUGGUGGAUCUUCGGUAGUUCAUGAUCAGAUUAUGGAUAUACUAACUGCUAUUCGUGUACGACGGACUCGAGAAAUGACAUUGAAUCCACAGAUGCAAAAUUCUCGGUUAAGGCAUUUAUCAGAGGCUAUUAUCAAUGUGUUCGCAAAUAUAUCAACGUUUGUUCAAGGUCAAGCAAAAUUGAAAAAGUUACUACAUCGUCUGCUAGAACAUUAUGUGCAUGUUGAUAUGGAAAUCGAUCAAGACUCGAAGAAUAGUUCACAUACAACUGCAGCUCACUGUCUCGGACAACUGAUUCCUGUGAUAGCAAUUAUUUUAAGACGUUUACCACCAAUACAAAAUCCUAACCAGCGUCUGCUGAAAUUGUUCAGAGAAUUUUGGUUAUAUGUUACAGUUAUGGGGUUUGCUGAUCCUAAUUCAACUGUAUGGCCUGUUGAAUAUUAUCAUGGUCUUUGUGAAAUUGCAACCAAAUCCCCUGUUUUAUUGCUGAAGGACUCCCUACGCGCGGAGCUACAACAAAGCGCUGCACUGAGCGCAAGAAAUUUAUCUCAAACUGACGUAAGUGAUAUCCGCAACAAAUUAUGCGUCCUUCUGGAUAAUAAUGCUGAAACAACUUCAUUAAUUAAUCGGAUGAGUGUUACACAGUGUAUAUAUUUAAUGGCUGUUUAUAGAUUGGAAUCAUUAUGUAUUGCACAUUCUGCUGAUCCUGAAGCACUUCAUCGACUGUUCAUGUAUUUGGAGGACAAUAUUAUUAUAAAGGAUAAAUUUGGUAUGUGGACAUGUAUUUCUCAAGUGGCUGUUCGUAUAUUCACACGUUAUCUUGCUCAAAUGAAAGCCAAGCCAUUGGAUACCGAACGUGAGUCGAUCAUGGAUAUGCAUGCUCAGUUUCUGUUGGUCACAUUUACGCGUAUACAUAAAAGUCUACGUAUUGUAGCCGAUGAAUUUCUUAGCAUGUUAGCUAAAGAUUUCCCACAUGUUAUGUGGAGUGGACGUGUAUUGUUCACUAUGCUGGAUGCUGCUCAAUUAUUAUCACAGUCUCUAGAAGUGGAUCCUAAUCAUACUGCUCCUGUCUACAAUGUACCGGGUACAAAUUUCAAAUUGAUAACAACAGACAGUCUACCUGUGCGUGAAAAAAUGUUGACUGAUUUUGUCAAACGUUGUAAAGGCAUUAUUGAAGUUGGCUUACAAUGGGCACCGAACUUAGUUCGAUCCCACUUGAUCAAUUAUAUGCUGGAGUUACAACAUCCUGGAACUGAUCUACCUCAGCAUACUGGUCUUGCAUUGGCUACAGAAUCUGUAUUGAACUAUGCUGGAUUUAAUCGGGCCGCAUCUUCUCUUGGUUUCAAUGGAUUUUGGUUUGGAGAGUCAAUUGUGGUAUUAUUAACAAUUGGGACUAAUGCACUUGAAAAACGACCGACUUGUGCUAAGUUGGAUUCAUCAAAUUUUAUGUACAAUCUGAUAUUACGCAAUCGCUUCUUGGGUGAAGCAUCUGGAAUGCUACGAUGUUCUGACGAUCCAAUGAAACUUGUUAACAAAAUGAUUAGAGAUUUGGAUGCUGCAUGUAUUCAUGCUUCACGUUUGUGUAAAUCCCUAACUAACCUAGAAGAAUCACAACCAAGGCAAAUGAAACCUCAUUUAAACAAUGAACCACAAGCUACUGCAGUUGAUCCAAUCACUGAACAAAUUAAACGACUACAACACCAAAAGUCCAUUGCAUUAGAUGUUGUACAAGCUUGCCUAUUUCGUAUGGCUGCCCUACUAGUAAUGCAUAAGUCCUACCAUGAUCCAGUUGCUAAUAAGAUCAACUUAAUCGAAGAAGAUACUACGGGGGGUGGCGAUGAUGAAAGAGACGAAGGCGGAGAAGAAGAUGAUGUUGGUGAAGACAAUGUUGAUAACUUUGAUGAUGAUAAUGAUGAUGAGGAUAAUGACGAGGACACUAGUGAAGAUGAAGAUGACAUAAGAGAUGACGAAGAAGAGGAUGGAUCAUCUGAACGAGAGAAACAAUCAAGACGUCGGUAUCAUAAGUUUCAUCGUCAUCUUCAGUAUGGUGGCUCUGUUAUGAAAAGGUUAUUACGUAAACCGACUACUUCAACCUCUCGAUAUAAUACUUUGAAUGCUUCAGUCAGUACUACAACAGCUGCCAGUUAUCCUAUCGCCUCAGCUACACAAACUACCAACGAUGCACAAAAUGUCAGGGGAAUUAGUGUUACGCAAACUAGUAAAACAGGUUCAAAGCAGGUAUAUGUUAUGAAUGGGGAUUGUGCAAGACGAUUGUUACAAGAGGUAUGUCAUUCACCUCUCAGGCUAUUCACUACAGAAAUGUUGGAAAAUGCUUUAGCUUGUUGGCAAUGGUUAGUUGUUGGUCGACCCCAGUUGAUUAUACAGCUUCUGAAUGAACUAAGCGAUGCUUGGCAAGCAACAAUUCAUCGUCGUCUAGGCGUAUUCUCUGUACACAAUGCAGAUGAUGGCGAAGUUCUACCUUUAGUUGUAUCAGAUCAAUUGAAAUAUAGUCCACCUAAGUGUAACACUGGUCCACAUCAUCUAUGGUCACAGUUUUUCAGUGAACGACUGUAUGUUGCUCAAUCAUCAAGUCAAGAACAAUUGGAUAUCUUUUUUGAUUUGUUGCAAAAAACACUCGCUGGUGAAAUAUCUUCAUUAGAUAAAAGCGUACAGUCCGUGCAAGGUGGUGUUGCGCAGUCUACUAGUGGUAGCAGUCAUCAACAACGCCAUCCACGUUAUGAGAAUGUAUCGGCAAUUAUACAUGGACGUUUAACUAGUAAUGUGGCUGCAUUAGGUGUACGUUGCCGACUUGUGGAAAUGUGUUUAAGCCUGUUACAGAAUACUGGAUUCAAGCCUACCCCUUCUGGAUCCCGUGGGAUUUCGGCUGAAGAAUUAUCUACUGGUGCCGGUGGUACUACAACAGCGGGGGGAGGAGGAGGUGGCGGUGGAAUGGGUAGUAGUGCUGGGAGUGUAGUAAGUGCUGGUGGGAGGACAGGAGGAAGUAAUGGAAGUCAGUGCCCAGCCGAUACUGGUUAUUUAUUCCCAUUGGCUAGAAUUGCUCUCCGAGAGAAAGCAUAUGCAGCUAUAUUGAACUAUUUCACAGUGAAACCACAGUAUCCAAUGAAAGAAGACGCUGAUUUAUCCGAUGAAUUGAAAGCACUUAGUCGUCUUUGGAGUUUAAUGCAAGCUGAACGUAAAUACUUAAGUACACGUAUGAUAGAAACUGAAAUGGAUGCACUGUUGGAAGCUGUUGGUCGUGGAGUAGGCGAUGUUGGUAGUGGUGAUUUCACCAAUGAUAUUGAUGCAACUAUAAAUCGUCACGAUCAGUUAUUGAUGAAUACACUUGAAUUCGGUGGUCGUAGUGUUAGUAGUGCACUUGGUGCGUCGAUCAAUACACUAAGCUUCCCCACUAAUCCUGUCUCUAAUCCAACAUUCAAUGCAACCAGUUCAUCUCCGAAUAUGCGACAUGGGAAUUCGUAUAUUUAUACUGAAUCAUCUAUCACGCCGAAUACACCAACAGUACAAACGUCAGCAACUAUUACUACUACUGGUGGUGGUGGUACCCUGCCAAGAUUACGUUCACAGGUUAUGCUUCUAACCGAUCAACCAUUAGAACGUCCUGGUGUUGGUUCACUUAUUCUACCGUCUGCUUUAAAUUCAACAACUUCAUCAACACUUCAAAAUGCCGCUGUUCUGGCUGGAAGUAAUAUUGCGCACUCAGUUGUAUCGAAGCGUUCAUCAGCUACUGGAGGUAAACAAAGCGUCAGAACAAGUGGAGAAAAUUAUUUGAAACAAAUAUUCCUACAGAAACGUGAAUUAAUUUUAAUACUAUUGGCUUCUGAGAUUGAACGCCUUUGCUUACCACGCCAAUUUCAGCGCGGAGCUUAUAAACCUUCGGAAAUCGUUGAUGUAAGUUGA